AUGGCGUUUCCAGGUAUGGGCGGUAUGGGUGGGCGCAGUUCAGCUGAGGUGGAUCCGCAGCAACUACAGGAGCAACAGAUGAUCAAAUAUAUGCAAAUGGCCAUGGAAUCAUGUCCUGCAAAGACCGUCAUCGCCGGCACAAUGGGAUUUGGUCUCGGUGGUGUCUUUGGUCUUUUCAUGUCUAGUAUGCGAUACGAUACUCCUCUCGGAGCUGGUCUCCCUGGCGGUGUUGGCACAAUAUCAGAUCUACCAAUGCGAGAACAGAUCAAGCGUGGUUUCAAGGACAUGGGGAAAGCGUCUUGGAGUAGUGCCAAGAACUUUGGUUACAUUGGUGCAGUGUUCGCAGGCACCGAGUGCGCAAUUGAGGGACUAAGGGCGACGAACGAUCUGUACAAUGGCGUGGCAGCGGGUUGUGCAACAGGAGGAUGGCUGGCUAGGAGCGGUGGGCCACAGGCUGUCGUCGUUGGCUGCGCAGGCUUUGCGGCCUUUAGCGCGGCUAUCGAUGCGUAUAUGCGUAUGGACUCGAACGACAGAGCUGCGGAUCCCAUCAUAUGA